UUUUUUUUUUUUGCAAAUCGAGUUGAAGAACCACCAUACACUGCUAGUGGACAAAUAAUGUAAAUAUCGAAUACCGAGGAUGGGAUUCGAACCCAGGCUCUUUCACUCUUUAACAGAGGUCACCACAGGGGUUAAUGGUUUUUACAUCAAGUGUUUUUUCUGAUACAAUCCAGUCUGGAAAUAAUGGGGAUUCGAACCUGAAACCUUCAGCGAACACGGGAUCAUUAAAAUGAUUGACAGGCGAAAAUGAUAUAUUUGUUUAGUACUGGAACCAGUGACGUCAUGUUAAGUUCUGCGGCUUCACCCUUGCAUUAGCUUAGCAUGAAUUAUUCUUUAUUAUUGUUUAUUAUUCACAGUCUGUAGCACUAAGACCCAGCAGCACCGUGGAUCUCUUCCUCCUCCUCCCUCUCCUCCUCCUCCCUCCUCGUGUACUGUGAUGAGCUGCUGCAGGCGGACGUGCAGACAGGAGACGCUGCUCCGCUGCUGUGGCUGAAGCAGAGGCAUCAGCAGCAUCAGCAGCGUCAGCAGCAGCAUCAUCGGCCGAAAUCAGAAGUCAACAUGGGAGGCGUGGCCCUGGACGUGGACGCAGGCACAGUGAAGGCCCCAGAUGGAGGGUGGGGGUGGGCGGUGCUGGCCGGCUGUUUCGUCAUCACAGGUUUCUCCUACGCGUUCCCAAAGGCCGUCAGUGUCUUUUUUAAAGAGCUGAUCCACGAAUUCGGAGUGGGCUACAGCGACACCGCCUGGAUCUCCUCCAUACUGCUGGCCAUGCUGUACGGCACAGGUCCUCUCUGCAGUAUCCUGGUGAACCGCUUCGGCUGUCGACCCGUGAUGAUGGUGGGUGGGCUCUUCGCCUCCCUAGGAAUGAUCCUGGCAUCCUUCUCUACCAGCAUCAUCCACAUCUACCUCUGCACAGGGGUUAUUACAGGUCUGGGUUUAGCCCUGAACUUCCAGCCGUCUCUGAUUAUGCUCAACCGUUACUUCAACGAGAAGCGUCCUCUGGCCAAUGGGCUGUCAGCAGCCGGCAGCCCCGUGGCUCUCUGCUGCCUCUCCCCGCUGGGUCAGGUCCUGCAGUACCACUACGGGUGGAGGGGGGGCUUCCUCAUUUUGGGUGGCCUUCUGCUCAACUGCUGCGUAUGCGGGGCUCUGAUGAAACCACUGGAGGCGCCCAAGAGCCUCAGAGAUGUUGAAAAGAAGACGGAGCAGGAGACGCAGAAGAAGAGCAAGCCCAGAGCCAAACUCUUGGACUUCUCCGUCUUUAAGGACCGUGGUUUCGUCAUCUACACGGUGGCCGCUUCCAUCAUGGUGCUGGGACUGUUUGUGCCGCCGGUGUUUAUCGUCAGCUACGCCAAGGAGCUGGGGAACGAAGACACCAAGUCGGCGCUGCUGCUCACCAUCCUGGGGUUCAUCGACAUCUUCGCUCGACCCACGUGUGGUGUGAUCGCCGGGCUGAAGUGGGUUCGACCUCGCUGCGUCUACCUCUUCAGCUUCGCCAUGAUUUUCAACGGAAUCACUGACCUGAUUGGGUCUCAGGCCCACAACUAUGAAACCCUGGUGGUCUUCUGCAUCUUCUUUGGCAUCUCCUACGGCAUGGUGGGGGCGCUGCAGUUUGAGGUCCUCAUGACAAUCGUUGGCACUGAAAAGUUCUCCAGUGCCAUCGGCCUGGUCCUGCUCAUGGAGGCCAUGGCUGUGCUGGUGGGACCACCUGGUGCAGGUCGGCUCUUGGACGCCACCAAGAACUACACAUUUGUCUUCCUGCUAGCAGGAAGUGAGGUCGUUCUCUCAGCCCUGGUUCUGGCCACCUGUAACUUCUUCUUUAUUAAAAAGACGUCCUCGGCGCCGGAGGAAACCGUCCAGGAUGUCUCCUUGACGGCUGCACCCGAGGCCCAGGCGCUCAGGAAGGACGGGGAGCUGAGCGAUCAAGAGGAGAAGGGAGCAAGGGAGGAGCAGGAGAAGGAGACAGAGAAAGACGAGGGGGAGGAGGAGGAAGUACCUGAGGUCAGACCAGAGAGCGUGGAGGUGGACUCACAGGAAGUGGAACGGUUCCUGAAGGAGCCGCAGCAGAAUGGGGACGUGGCCGUCAAUCCUGAGACGUGUCUGUGA